AUGUCAGAGACACCGAAGAAAGACGGAAAAUCAGAGGACUACAAGAAGGCGGUGGCGAAGCAACGUCGGCUGAAAAAGUUGCGUAAAAUGAAGAUAAAAGAUCGUGCCGGCGACGUCGUCGUCAGUGACAUCUCGGAUGUUGAAGUGCAAGGAGACGGGGAGGAGGAGUCACAGGAUGCGUGGCUCAAUGAUCUUCUGAAAGCCGACGGUGAUGGUGGUGUCGCGACGAAUAGUCCGGAUACUGUGGGCGCUUCACUUCAUUCCAUGGAGACCACCGAGGAGUCGUUGGCUUCCAAAAUUUGUGCGUUCACUAGCGAAAACUCGGCACUUCUUGGCGUCGGACUCGUCACAGUGGCACUCACCAUCUUCGCACGUCUUCGUAAAUGA